AUGCCUUUUAUUGAACAAGUUGUCGCCAAAGACGCCAAAUCAGGCAAACAGAUCAAACUAUCGUAUGUCAACAAAAAAGUUACUGGAAAUGGAUCCUUCGGCGUUGUGUAUCAAACGCGCCUGUUGGAAACCAACGAGGAUGCUGCAAUUAAAAAAGUGCUUCAGGAUAGACGGUUCAAGAAUCGUGAAUUACAAAUCAUGCGGAUAGUGGAUCAUCCCAACGUGUGUCGAUUAAAAUCCUACUUUUACAACCAAGUUGAGAACAAGCAAGAUGAAGUAUAUCUCAAUCUGGUGAUGGAAUAUGUACCCGACACACUGUACCGCGCCAUACGACACUAUGCCAAGCAGAAGCAAACGAUGCCGACGAUGCUGGUUCGUGUGUACAUGUAUCAGGUGAUUCGGUCACUCGCUUAUAUCCAUUCACUUGGCAUAUGUCAUCGAGACAUUAAACCACAAAACAUACUACUUGAUCCGACAACAGGGGUGUGCAAAAUGUGCGAUUUUGGCAGUGCCAAGAUAUUGGUCGCAGGUGAACCCAACGUGUCGUAUAUCUGCUCACGGUACUAUCGUGCGCCAGAACUGAUCUUUGGUGCAACGAACUACACACUGAACAUUGACAUUUGGUCGACAGGGUGCGUCAUGGCCGAACUGUUACUUGGACAGCCGUUUUUCCCAGGCGACAGUGGCAUUGAUCAACUGGUGGAAAUCAUCAAGAUUCUAGGCACGCCAAGUAAACAAGAGAUUGCUGCCAUGAACGCCAGUUAUGUUGAGCAUCGAUUUCCGCAGAUCAAACCCCAUCCCUUGUCAAAGAUCUUUGUCGGUGCACCCGAGGCAGCUGUCGAUCUGAUCACACAAAUGCUACAGUAUCAUCCGCAGCACCGUGUCAGUGCCAUUGAAGCCUUGUGUCACCCAUUUUUCGAUCCUCUUCGUGACCCCACGGCGCGUUUACCGAACGGGGAACCCCUGCCACCUCUUUUUGAUUUCUCCAAACAUGAAUUAUCGAUCCGACCGGACCUGAUACAUCGUCUGGUGCCUCCCUUUUAUGAACAAGAGCUGUAUAACCGCGGAAUUGAUGUCCAUCAUUUCGAACCGCUACCGGCUGAUCAACUCAAGAUACCACCUUCCUAUGUCUAA